AUGGUGCUUUCCCUUUUGGUAAUGAUCUUUUUGUUGGUUCUAAUAGUACUAUUCUUUAUCUAUUAUUAUGACUAUAAUUCUCCAAAAUCAUAUCCACUCUUGGGUUGUACACUCUCAUUGGUUAAGAACUGGCACCACAUCAUCCAAUGGACGACUGACCUGCUGGCGAAAUCAUCAUCAUCAACCAUCACCUUAACCGGCCUCUUUGGUCAGAGUUGUAUUUUGACUUCAAACCCUUCGAAUGUCAAGCAUAUUCUCAAGACUCGCUUCAAUGUGUACCAAAAGGAUUCCAUCCUAAGACGCGGUUUGAUUGAUCUGUUGGGAUGUGGCAUCUUUCUUGUUGAUGGCACGGAAUGGAAGUCACAGAGACAACUCAUGAGCCAUGAGUUUAGAACAGACACGUUCCUUCAACUAGUGGAAUCAAUCACCAUGAAGGAGCUUUCUACUCGUCUUCUUCCUCUAUUCUCAUCAGCUCAUGCAAAUGCUUUUGUGUUGGACCUUCAAGAAAUCUUUGGCCGGUUCACAUUUGACAUGGUAUGUCAAGUAGCAUUUGGUUAUGAUCCUCACUACUUGUUACCAUCAUUGAAACAAAAUAGCACUCCGUUGGCAGAUGCUUAUAGGACCGCGAUCAAAAUGUCCAUGGGGAGGUGUAUUAGCCCUCCAAUUUUUUGGAAAGUGAAGAAAUUUUUUAAUAUUGGAUCCGAAAAGAAACUCAGUCUAGCAGUUCAUGAACUCCGUAAAUUUAUCAGAAGCAGAAUCAUAGAAAAGAAAGAAGCACUUUUGACAAACAAUUCUGUUGGUGUUCCAAGCGCUUUCUUUGACCGGAUGCUAGCAAAGAGUGAUGAUCACAAAAAUAAGUCUGUGUUUGAUGAAAAUUUUUACAUUGAUGAGGCUAUUAAUCUCAUCUUGGGUGCGGAAGACACUUUGUGUUCAGCUUUAGUAUGGUAUUUUUGGUUAGUCUCGAGUAAUCCUCAAGUGGAAAAGGAGAUCGUAAGAGAAAUUCUUCAGAAAGAGGAUUGUAAUAAUUUGAAGGAAAUGGUAUAUAUGCAUGCUUCUAUUUGUGAAAGCAUGAGACUUUACCCACCAGUCCCUCAAGAAUCGAAGCAAGCAAUGAAAGACGAUAUUUGGCCUGAUGGAACCAAGGUGAAGAAGGGAACGCGUGUUUUAUACAACAUUUUUGCUAUGGGACGAUCACCAAAACUGUGGGGUGAAAGUUGGGCGGAUUUUGAACCCGAGAGGCGGCUUGAAAGAGAUGAUAGAACAGGGAAUUGGAGGUUUAUUCCAAAGGACCCUUUUACAUAUCCCAUGUUUCAAGCAGGGCCAAGGACUUGUAUCGGAAAAGAAAUUGCUUUCAUGCAAAUGAAAUUAGUGGCAACAAUUGUGCUAAGGCGAUUUCAGAUUGAACCAGCCGUGGAAGGUUAUAGUCCGGUUUAUGGUUCGUGCAUGACAUCCAUGAUGAGAAAUGGCUUUCCAGUGCAAAUUCUGCAACGUUGCCAAAAUUUGUAA